AUGACUCGUGUACUUCUGACUGGUGGGAGCGGCUUCAUUGCCGCUCAUGUACUGGAGGCCCUUCUAGCCCGAGGCCACUCCGUCGUCACUACUGUUCGUUCUCAGGCCAAAGCAGAUGCUAUUAGACAAGCCCACCCGGAAAUGGCAGAAGACCGUCUGUCAUUUUCCAUUGUCGAAGAUAUUGCUCAGCCAAAUGCUUUUGAUCUAGCUGUUGUGACGGACCCGCCCUUUGAAGCUGUCAUUCACACGGCCAGUCCAUAUCAUUUCCAUGCCCAAGAUGCCCAGGAGCUCUUGGCUCCAGCCAUAAUAGGCACAACAGGGAUUUUAAAAUCCGUUCAGAAUCAUGCGCCCUUCGUGAAACGAGUAGUCGUCACUUCGUCUUUUGCUGCAAUCAACGAUGUAUUUGCCACAUCCGCCGAAAAGGUUUACUCAGAGGCGGACUGGAGUCCCAUCACAAAAGAACAGGCAAAUGACAGUCCUGCCAAUGCAUACCGCGCAAGCAAAACGUUCGCUGAGAAAGCAGCGUGGGAAUUUGUUGAGAGAGAAAAGCCAAACUUCACACUCGCCGUCAUCAACCCACCCCUGGUCCUGGGGCCCGUUGUUCACAAUCUCGUCUCUCUCGAUACCCUAAAUACCUCCAACCAGCGCAUCCGAGACCUCGUUUCGGGCGCAGCCAAGACCCGUUGUCCGCCGACGGGGAACUACCUGUUCGUGAACGUGCGUGAUCUCGGUCUUGCCCAUGUCCUCGCCGUUGAGAAGGAAGAUGCCGGAGGGAAACGGUUUUUCGUCGUCUCGAGUCAUUUUUCGAAUGCUGAGAUUGCCAACAUAAUUGGGGAAGAGUUCCCGGAGUAUAAGAUGCGCCUCCCUACUGGAGAUGCAUUGAAGCCAGGGGAGUAUCCCGCCGAGGGGGUGUAUGGGUUCGACAAUACACGUGCGCGAGAGAUUUUGGGUAUUCAGUUUAGGCCCUUGAGAGAGAGUAUCGUUGAUGCUGUAAAGAGUCUUUUGCCUCUGGGUGUUGAUAGAAUCUAA